AUAAUAAUGGCUGGUUGUUUACGUUCGGGCUGAGCUGUAACAGUAGUAGUAGUAGUACUGUACUGUGUUUAUCCUUAUUAUUUGCUCUGAAGAAAGAGUUUAUUGAAAAUGUUGCAACCAAGUAGUUCCUUAGUCUAUAAUGAACGUCCGACAAAAUAUCUAAAUGGAGUUAGAAAAAAAGAUCAUCAUCUGAAACCAAUUGUACCGGUGGUUGCUAGUGACGCGGUUUCAAGCGAGAGGCCAAGGCGGCCGAAAGCCUCGAAACCUUAUUGCAGUGCAUCAUCGACAAAAGUAUCCUAUCGCGUUGGAGCUAGGAAAACCAGGAGUGCUGGUCCUGAUCAAAGAAGAAGCGAUUUGAAAAGUGAGAAAAGAGCUCUGUCUGGUAGUAGCAACUCGACAAGGAAUCGCAGUACUCAAAGGUCUAUACCAAAAGAUGUCAGUCUCAAAAAUGGCAAUGGGGACACCAGCUUUAUCUCAGUUGAUGACGAUGAUAAUUAUAGCAGUGAGGAAGAGACCUCUGCUGAUGUAUUGCUGAUAGAUACUCAGUCUGCUACCAAUCUAAGCCACCCAGGUUCAGCCAUGCAUGGCAAGAUAUCCCCAAGAGAACUGCUUGUGCAAUGCCAGGAAAGCAACUAUGAACAAGUGUAUGACAUCAAUCUACAUGCCUCCUCCAUCAAGAAAAUACACAAUCUGGAAAAGUUUAGAAAAUUGAAGAUAUUAGACCUGUCAUGUAAUGCAAUAGAAUGUAUUGAGAAUCUGUCAUGUAACACUAAUCUUAAGGAGUUAAAGCUGUAUGGAAACCAAAUAACUGAAAUAAAAAAUCUUGAAAAAUUAACAGAAUUGUGUAGUCUGCAACUGCAGUUUAAUAGAUUAAAAAGUAUAGAAAAAGGUUUAUUGUUUGCCAAGAAACUUAAGUGUCUUCGUAUUGACAACAAUCAACUAACUAAACUUGACGCAAGGGAAAUCGCACCUUGCUCUCAACUUACCAACCUAGACGUAAGCUGUAACAAAUUGGACAAUUUAUCAUUUUUAAACUGUUUGAAUUCACUGGAGGAACUAUUUGGAUCACAUAAUAGAUUAAGAACUGUUACAGAUUUAAGUCGGUGCAGAAAGCUUCAGGAAGUGAACCUUUCAUCAAAUAAUUUGACCGACAUUUCAGGACUGAAAGGGCUCCCUCUUUUGAAGACUUUACAUCUUUCUCGAAACCUAUUGACGUCUGAAGCAAUGCAGGCUCUUGGUAAACUAAGGUCUUUACAAGAGCUUGAUCUAUCGCACAACAGAAUCACUAAGUUAGCCUCAUUUCCCAGCCAAUUUCCAGCAAUAGAAAUAUUAAGUUUGACAAGGAAUUCCAUAGAGUGGCUGGAAUUGAUUCAUCUUGCCAGUUGUGAACUGCUAGUUGAGUUAUUUGUAGCAGAAAAUCCGUUCAUACAAACCAUUGAAUCCAAGCAAAGCUUGCAUGAAUGCAGGGAGAUAUUUAGCCCUCAAGGAGUCAUGAGGCAGUUUGUAAAGUGUUUAUGUUAUGUAAAGGUAAGAUAUAAAACAGCUAUAACUACUGUAUACUACUAUAAACAUUUAAAAAAAACCCAAUUUAUUUCUUGUUUUUUUAUACUCAGUUAUCAUCAUGAGGUACAUGCAUCGAUACCUAGUCUUGAAAUGGUGGAUGGUGUAACCGUGAAACACACAAGACAUAAUGUGGUACCAUUCAUGAGGCCAAUGUCAGCAGCAUCAGGUUUGAGUGCAAAACAAGUGCAAAGUCAGCUACAGACAGUUGAAGCAGAUCUUAAUAUAUUUGGUCAAAAUUUAAGAGAAAGAUUCGAGAAUUUGCGUACCACAAUGGACACCUUACCAUCAGAGCGCCCUCGUUCAUCGUCAGUUGCCAGUGAUUUAACCAUCAGAAGUGUUUCCUCAUUCACAGACUCAAGACCAAGCAGUAGAUGCAACAGUCGAAGUCGUAUUAAGGAUGCUAAAGCCUAUGCAACAACACAUUUUAAGUGAAACCUGCCAAGGAGCAAUAUAGUAUAAUACAGUACUGUACUGACUGUAGGAUUACCUUCUAGGAGUCCAUACCAAGGAGUCAGUCUGGGAGUCCACAUCAAGGAUUAGGAAUUUGUCUGCUGUCAGUUAUUAUUAAUGAGCUCCACAACUAUUCUAGACCAGUGCAAUUUUAUUAUCUUUCUGAUACUUCUUAUUCUAAUAUUUUAAUAAACCUGUUUCUUUAGAAAUAAUGAAGUAAUAAGAACAGAUUCUUAGUCAUAACCAGAGUUAAAAGAAUACAUAAAUUAUAAAAAAGCCAACUAAGCAAGAUUUCAAGGACACGACUUAACAUCCAACCCAAAGGUGUUUUGCCCAAGGAUGCAAGUACUGUUUAAAGUCCAAUCUCCUGCACCUGAGUUGCUCAGGUGCAGGAGAUUGGACUUUAAACAGAGAUUUAUCUCUGAAUGGGGUUUUAGACAUCGUCAGUGUAUCAAACCUGUUCUCAAAUUAUCGUACACUGGUGAACUUUUCCAGGAAUCAAAAUGAAUCAGUUUUCGUUAAAGCUAGGCACACAUUUCGCCGGCCAGACAAUUCUAUAGAUGUAGAAAGCGGUCCAGGUUACUAUAUCAUUAUCGACGAAGAUUCACUCAAGCCACUGAUAAUCACUAGUAUGCGGCAUCGCACACAGCCGAGAUUGAUUCGUUCAUCAGACUAAACAGGGAAUGACUGGCUUAAUAGAUGAAAUAUUACAAGCCAGAUAGUAUUACAGUCAUGUUUGAUUUUUUUCCUUGCAGUUUGCUUAGUAUUCUUUUAUUGAUUAAAUAUAUCUUCCCAUACAAGAAGUUGCAAACCAAUAUUCAUCUCCUUCUCUUUUUGUUGCUAUUAUUUAAAUUACAUUGAGACUCUAGUAACUAUGAUGCAAAACACUAUAAUUAUAUUUAUCAUUGCUUCUUAAUAUUAUUAGUAUUAUUUACUAAUAAAAUUAUUAUAUUAUUAAUAGUACUGUAUUAGUAAAACAAUUAUUAUUAUGUUAUGUUAUGUAGAAGAAUUUGAGUAUAUGAACAAAUACAGGAAUGAUGUCAAUAAUUUCUUUGUUGUG